UUGCACGAGGCUCGCUAAUAGAGAAACCGGAUUCCCCGUGGACAAUGUUGCAUGGACAGUUUACGCAAGAGUAAUUACGAUUGGCUUUGGUCGUGCGGCCCCAUCGUUUUAAAUGAGCAAAUUUCCUCUUUUUGCAGUGUGCAAUCGAAAGCAAAGCAUUUAGAAACUAGAUGGUCUCGGAAUUUGAAGAGGUAUUAUAAGUUAUAGCUUGGAACUCCAAAGAGAAAAAGUAUGAAGUUCACAUUUAGGAGAUAUAAACUACUAUUACUACUUAUCUUAUUUCUGUAUGAAGUUAAAGGAUCUUCAGAGAGGGAGAAACUCGAAGAUAGCCUAUCUCGAACGUUUGAAUUUCAGAAUUCUCCUUCGGGCCAGGCUUGCGAAUAUCGUCGUCAGCAAGGAUUUUGCCAAAGAAGGUCGAACUGCAGGAAACCCACAAGAAGCACUUGCAGGUUCGGGCUGAAUCCUGUCGUCUGCUGCCUCGACGACCCCCUACUGCACACUACUACUACAACGUCCAAACCAAGAACCACGAAAGCAACAGCUGGAAGGCCUAUUGAUAUCAAAGCGAUUGACUUAACUUAUCCUGAUUGCGGAUUUAGAGCACCAAAAGUUGCAAGCAGUCCGGCCACUAGCAUUAACAGCCGAAACACCAAUAGAAGACGAGGAAAGCGAGCGUCCCUUAGCUUGAAAGAACUUUUUAACCCAUUAACAUCAAGAAAUGGAAUGCCCGUUGACCGUGUCAUUGUUGGUGGAGUUGAAGCAAAUGCGAACUCUUGGCCUUGGAUGGUAGCUAUCUUUAAGGAAGCUUUCUCCGGAGGCAGCAAACGAUUCCUAUGUGGGGCAUCUCUCAUCAGCAAGCGCUAUGUUCUCACGGCAGCCCACUGUUUCGAUGCAGAGCGAGGAAACAUAGUUCCUUCUAAAUUCUUUGUAGUCGUCGGAGCCCACACAACCAAGGAUGGCACAGAGUAUCCAGUAGAAGAUAUAACUAUACAUGCAAGUUAUAAGAUCAAGCAGUAUUAUAAUGAUAUCGCACUGCUAAAGGUAGGAAAGGAAGUGGUUCUCGGAAAGAAGGUGUAUCCUGUAUGCUUGCCAUCGGAAAAUUUGAGGAGUAAAAUUAAACCUGAAGAAAAUACUGUCACUGUUACUGGGUGGGGUGACACGUCUUUUGGUGGCGUGAGUAGCAUGGUACUACAAGAAGUGAAUGUACCCAUAGUUCCUCUGAUGCAGUGCAACGAAUCUUAUUCAAAGAUACCUAAAAACAGCUUCCCUAAUGGGAUCACUAACCUUUUCAUCUGCGCCGGUCUCCAGGAGGGUGGAAAAGAUGCAUGUCAGGGUGAUUCUGGUGGUCCCAUGACAACAAAAUUAAUAGAUGAAUCGUAUGUUCAACUGGGUGUUGUAUCUUUUGGACAUGGUUGUGCGCAAGCAGGAUUUCCAGGAGUAUACACACGUUUAUCCGAAUAUACCAAAUGGUUGUAUGAAAACACAGAUUUUGGGCAGAUAUAAAGUGAUAGGAUAUACAUCAUGUAUUUCGAAAAAUAUAAGUUGCACUUGUUACAGAAAAAAGGAUUUGUAAAUAAAAAGUCAUAUUUUUUAAAAUAUUUAGUACGAGUCUGUUAUUUCUCCUUUCAUUGUUGGCAGUCUUGAAACGG